CGAAUUAAUGACUCCAGGAAUAAGAAGACACAGAGCUGAGUAUCUUCUUGAACAAAGCCAGAAACAACAUGGGGCUCUCAACAGAUCUACUGAAUGUGUCAAAUAAAUGCAGGGUGCUUUGCUUUUUUUUUUAAAGUAGCAUUUGCCAAUCAUGAAGGGCUUUUCGUUUUCCUUUGCUUGUGUACGUGUUUCUUUGUAAUAGAUGACACUGGAAACAAUCAAUGCCUCGGUGAUGCAGGGCUUCAAUCAGUCUCAACGCUGCCCCAGAGACACUCGGAUAACACAGCUGGUGUUUCCAGUCCUCUACACUGUGGUUUUCUUGACUGGUGUCCUGCUGAACACCUUGGCGCUGUGGGUGUUCAUUCACAUCCCUAGCUCCUCCACCUUCAUUGUGUAUCUCAAAAACACUCUGGUGGCUGACUUGAUCAUGACACUCAUGCUUCCCUUCAAAAUCCUCUCUGACUCGCACCUGGGACCCUGGCAACUCAGAGCUUUUGUGUGCCGUUUCUCUGCUGUAAUCUAUUACGAGACCAUGUAUAUAGGCAUCAUGUUGCUGGGCCUCAUAGCCUUUGAUAGAUUUCUCAAGAUCAUCAGACCCUUUGGAAAAUAUUUUAUUAGAAAACCUGUUUUUGCAAAAGUAGUCUCAACCCUCACCUGGUUCCUGUUGUUCUUCAUCUCCCUGCCAAAUAUGAUCCUGAAUAACAAGGCGGCAACACCAUCAUCUGUGAAAAAGUGUGCGUCCCUGAAGGGCCCUCUGGGGUUGAAAUGGCACCAAGUGGUCAAUUACAUAUGCCAGUUUAUUUUCUGGACAGUUUUUGUCCUAAUGCUUCUGUUUUACAUGGUAAUUGCGACGAAAGUAUACUAUUCUUAUAAAAAAUCCAGAAGUAAGGACAGCAAAAACAACAGAAGGGUGGAGGGGAAAGUAUUCGUGGUGGUGGCGGUCUUCUUUGUGUGCUUCGCUCCAUUUCAUUUUGCCAGAGUUCCAUACACUCGCAGUCAGACCAACAACACAACUGACUGCAAGCAAGAGAAUCAACUAUUCAUUGCUAAAGAAAUAACUCUCUUUUUGGCAGCAACUAACAUUUGUAUGGACCCCUUAAUAUAUAUAUUCUUAUGUAAAAAAUUUACACAAAGAUUGCCAUGUAUGAAAUGGAGAAAGACCACAGCAUCAAACCAAGAACACUGCAGCAGUCAUACAGACAAUAUAACCUUAGGCUGACAACUGAAUGUGUGGCUAAUUUCUAUCUAGCAACAAGACUUCAAAGAGUCAUUUAUUUGGAAAUCAAAAUUAAGCAGCAAAAGAAAAAACACUGCAUAAUAAAUGCUUUCUUGCAUUAUCCUAUUGUACAGCAAAGACUGUAUAAAUUAACUCCACAUGGAUCUAUCUACUCAUAA